UAGUCAUAAGUAAUUAUCUUUCCAAAUUAUCAUGUAUUGCAUUUAAAAGGAAGAGCAGCAAUUCGACUUGACGCACUUCACCGAGUCUUCAAGGAGCUAACUUGCACUCAGAUUAGCGAGCAGUCUUUUUAUCAAGUGAUCUGGAUACUGAGCCGCAUUGAGUCUUGAAGCAUGGAAGGAAGAUUCUUUGUUCUGUCCUUACUUUUUGGCGCAGUCUCCGUCAUGGCAGAUGCCAGCUGUCAGAAUCCCAAAGAACGCUGGGAUUGCGGAUGGCUGGGAAUAGAUCAGCAGACGUGUGAGGCACGAGGAUGCUGCUGGGAUACUAGUGAUCCGAACAAGCCGUGGUGCUAUAUCAAACCUGGCACAUAUCUCCCGGAUGGACUUUGCCCCGUUGCUCCUUCUGAGCGACAGGAAUGUGGUUACUACGGUAUUGGGAAGGAGGAAUGUCUGGGAAAGUCCUGUUGCUGGGAUUCAAUUGUGCCUAACACCAAGUGGUGCUUUACACAACCAUCCGAACCAAUCAUGGGUUGCUACCUGGGAUACGGCGUGUCUGGAACCUGCAAAUAUGUUUGUGACCCGGGCGAAGAUAAAAUGUACGGCAUGCCAGACUGUCAGGGACGCAUCUGCUGUUACCAUGGCUUCGGCGAAUAAUCUUAUUUCUUGGAUGCGAGGACUUGAACGACUGAAAUGCUUAUGCUUUGACUGAAGAUCUGCCAUGAAGAGAACCAUUCCUUGAGAUAUAGCUUAUAGUUACUUUUAGUCUGCUAGUAUUGCGUUAUGAGAUGUAUUGGGGCAACAUUUCGUAAAAGAAAGAAAUAAAAAGGGCCAGUCCAACGGGGAAA